AAAUUCGAAAUGAAUAACAGAAUAACUGAGCAGCUCAUCUAAAAAUAAUUGCAAAACUUCCGGGUAGAAGUCACGAACUUUCCAGUGACACUUUUAAUCAGUUUUUCUGCACGUACUUUGAACUCGUUACGGUGGAAGUCUUCACUAUUCCAGAGGAUUCUUUACUAGAAGACCGUAAAUGCAUGAUGCAUUUGAUUGAAUUGUACACGUCCUGAGUAUAAUAUGUAAGAACCCCAGAUCAAAUGCAGAAGCAAAGGUUGACUACUCUGCAGAACAUGGAGUGCAUUAACCCUAUAUGAAGAAUACAAGCCUAAAAGGACAACCCUAAGGAGGUCCUUAGAAGAAAUAGUAAGGGAUAGACCCUCAGGAAUUAAUCUUGUAAGCCUACCGGAGCACAUCGACCCCUGGAAAAAAUUUCCCUUGAAAGCCUCCUUAGGGAGGACAAACCUAGACAACCCUAGGAAAAACCUAGAGGAGGGCAACACUUGAAGGAUACUCUUUGGCUGCACAUAAUGUCUGUCAGUUAUCAGGAUAUUGUAAAGAAAGGCUAUGUACGCUUAAAAGGAAAGAAUCUAGGGGCCUGGCAAAGACGAUGGGUUAUGCUUAGGAAGGCAUCUAGCAAGGGGCCAAGACGAUUAGAGAAAUACCCAGAUGAGAGUGCUUCGAGAAAUGUGUCUGCCAUCCAUAAAGCCAUAGAACUUUCAGAGAUUAAAAGUAUUUCAAGAUUGCCAAAUGACAUUAAAAAACAUGCAGUAUCAAUUGUCUUCCAGGAUUUGACGUCUCGUUGUUUUGCAGUUGAAUCAGAGGCUGAAGCAGAUGAGUGGGUGGAAGCUCUCUGUAAAGAAUGUGGCAUUGCUACAAUUCAUGUCUCCCCACCUGAUGUAACUCAAACUCACAGCACACAAGAUAAGUUCAAUGUUUACCUUCUUCCCACCCCAGCGCUGGAUAUCUCAGGUGAAUGUCUGCUUCAGAUCACUUCUUCGAACGUUAACCUCUGGGAUAUACUGCACCCUGGGAAAUUGCUGGUCAGCUGGCCCGUAGGUGCAAUACGAAGAUAUGGCAGAGAUGAUUCUCAAUUUACAUUUGAGGCAGGAAGGUUUUGUGACACAGGGGAGGGGAUGUUUAUGUUCUCAACUGCAGAGUCUGAUCUCAUACAUAGGAAGUUACACACAGCCUCGUUAGCCCUUGCUGCUACAAAAGUUAAUACACAAAAUACCCAGAACUCACAAAAUGCUCGACCACGGAGGCCAGUUAGGUCAAGGACCCUUCCUGAAACACCACUACCCCCACUCCCCCAUGGGUCACCUCCAAAGAGACCAGAAAACCUUCCACCAUCUGAUCUCAAAGACGACUAUGAUGGAACAUGGGGGGUGAUAGCAGAUGAUGAAGCAGGCUUGGCUAUUCCAUUAAUUCCUCCUCCUCCCCCACCAUUGACGCAGAGAAGUCGAAGUCAAUCAAUUCCCAAUACUACAGUUGGAGCCAGUCCUUCAAUACCUCCGUUACCAGCCUCUGCUAGGAGACCUCUGCCAGAGUUACCAUCCCCUACAGCAGAUGAAGGCGUCACAGUACCGAUAUAUGAAGAAAAAUAUUUAACUCCAGAUUUCCGUAACUUCUUGCAAAAACGAAAAGAUGAUGAUGAUACUCCUGCUUAAAAAACAAAAAACCAGUCUUCUUGAGUCGAGAUGCCAAAACAUACUACAGUAGUUGUAUACAAUUAUAGGCGUACAUGUAAACUCAGACUCAGAUGUACAAGUAAGGCCUAUUCACAAAAAUAUGCAUAUAAACAGGAUGCAGUAAAAUAUGUGUACAUCUAGGUCCAAUAUCCAUGGAGCCACAAAAUGUAUUCACUGUAGGUAGGUGUUCAGAGAGAUAAUUUGGUAUAGAAGUUAGUGGAGUAUGUGCUGAGAAG